AUGGAUGCUGCUGUUUGGCAGGAAGCAGGUCUGCUGGCAGAGGUGCGGGCCUUUCUGCCGACCGGCAAUGCCUGGUGUCGAAGGCCUUUGGUAGCCAAAGCGGCUUCCUUCCAGUCGGCACCACGUCCAGUUCCAGUGACGUGGGAACAGGAAGAGGCUGGGCAGGAGGAGGGGCCUGCAAGUGGAGAGGUGGAGCCGGCGCUGGGGAGGAGCUUUCUGAUGGCAGGGGAGGGACCCAACGCGGGUGUGGAACUCAACAUCAAGCAGCUGCUGCACUUCUGCCUCUUGCUGGGCAUCUCCCUGGCUGCCCUCCUGGGCAACGGCCUCAUCAUCAGCGCCGUAGCCUGCGGCCAGCACCUGCACACGCCCAUGUUCUUCUUCCUGCUCAACCUGGCCCUCACUGACCUGGGCUCCAUCUGCACCACUGUCCCCAAAGCCAUGCACAAUUCCCUCUGGGACACCAGGACCAUCUCCUACACAGGAUGUGCUGCUCAGCUCUUUUUCUCUGUGUUCUUCAACUCAGUAGAGCUUUCUCUCCUGACCAUCAUGUGCUACGACCGCUUUGUGUCCAUCUGCAAA